AUGGAAGAGAACGUAUCCACGCCGCACACACAACGUAAUUCAUCAACAAUCAAUGAAUCAUUCGACAAUGGUCAAUCGGAUCACCACAACAUAACAGAACGAAGACACCAUGCUGAUAUUAGUACACGACAACCAUCACCAAUGGAAUAUACCUUACAAACAACACAUACAAUUAUUAUUCCACCAUCGACAGCGAUAUCAACAUUUAAUGGAAGCAUUUGGGAAAAUCCUCGUCAGUUCCUUAUUCGAGUGAAAGAAUAUGCAGAAACAAUAAAUCAUUGGAACGAUCAAGCGUUACUCAACGGCAUCUCUCAAUUCCUUCGAGACAUGGCCCUGGAAUGGUACUGUCAAUUACGUACCUCAAACCGACACCUGCAAACGUGGACAGAUUUUAUAGCAAUUUUUCUUAAUCAAUUUAAUUCGCCGAUGCGACGAGCACGACAAGAACAACAAUGGAAAAAUUACAAACAAGAAGAAAACGAAACAAUCAACGAAUUUAUCGUUCGAUUUCGUGCCCUUUGGCAAGAACAAAAGCCAAACGAAACUGAAGAUGAUCUCAUACGACACCUGAUGUGCAAGAUGAGAAAUAAUUUUUUAACGAUGAUUAGAAUAUCUCGAUGUGGAUCAUUCGAUGAAAUUAUUAUAGAAGCACAGAAAAUUGAAGAAAUUCUCUACCAAAGAAACAAACAAUUAUACAGAAAUUCUAACCAAGAUAGAGCACAAAAUAACACAUCAACAACAUCAAUGCACAACAACGAUGAUCAAUACGAAAUGCAAGCAGUGUCGACACAUCAAAAGAAUCGACAAAUGAAAACAUACGCGAAAGAAAGUUAUACAAAUAAAAAUUAUGGCAACAAUCAUCAAUCAGCACAAUGGGUGAAUUACUCAUCAUACCCAACGACAAAUCGACGAGAUAUUUACUUCACAUAUAAAGCAAAAUGUUAUGCCUGUGGAAAAAAAGGCCACAAUAGAAACAACUGUCCAUAACAAUAUAAUACUUAUGCACAACAACAACCAUGGUACUACCAAAAAAACGACGAUGGAGCGCACGAUGGAUGGGCAAUGGCUCUCCAAACGAAAUUAUUCCGUCCAACUCUCCGCCGAAAUUCAUACCGCUGACAUCCACAACACUAAUUCACUAACAUUAUUCGGUAUGAUAGCAGGAAGACGAACACAAUUACUCAUCGAUUCGGGAGCAUCGCUUAUAUUAAUUGAUCUUCAUUUUUUUCUUCAACUGCCGAAAUAUUAUCGUAAAAGAGCAUGUCUACCUCCUUCGAAUUUAUGUCUUCAAUUAGCGGAUACAUUACAACUUUAUGUUAAAUAUGCCCUAUCACUUCCAAUCACCAUCUCAAACUCAACACGUAUACGUUGAGUAUAUGUUGUUCCAAAAUUCUGGCGUUCAUGCAUUAUCGGUAAUGAUCUAAUUCAUAAACAUAACCUUCAAAUUGACGGCGGUCGACAAUAUGCAUACUUUAAAACAAAGAACAUACAUACACAGAUGCAACAGGAAAGAAAAGAAAAAUUUAAUAACGACGAUGCAUAUAUCUUAUUAGCCAAUGAACGUAUUAAAAUUUCACCGUUCCAUACAUUCAAUAUUGAAGUCAAGCCAAACAGGCCAUUCUCAAUUAUAGAAAAGAAGAACGAAGAAGAUGAAUACGAAGUGACAUCAAUAAAAGAAACACCAGGUGUAGCUAAUGGCAUUAUCGCACCGAGCCAACACAUGAAACUGCAGGUGACUAAUUUAACAAAAAGAACAAUUAUAAUUCACCGGAAUCAACCGCUCGCCACAAUGACUCGUCUUAAUCAAUCACAAUUCAACAUGAUGCAACAUGGAAAAAUAUCGUCAACAAUCAACCAAACGAUAUCAACAGUGGAGAAUGAACCAAAUUUAAUCAACACCGACUUAGAUGAACAUCGAAAGAAAGAAAUAAAAAAACUCAUUCAUACAUUCCCUGACGUUUUUAGAGUCUAUGGGCUUUUUUUAUUUCAAACUGAAUUCUAAAAUCAAAAAAACCACACCAGUUUCUUCCGAAUCAAACUUCUCUCGUUUGAUACUACGUAGUCUCACUAAAAACCCUUAGUCCCCCCUAGUCCUGCAAAGUCCCCCUUAGCCCCCCCCACAAAAAGCUUAGUCCCCGCUUAGUCCCCUGUGCAGGGGACUAAAGCCUAUAGUACACAAAACCACAAGCACACCCUCACCCUCACUCGCGCGCCCACACCCGCACCAUGGGUGUGGGUGUGUGUGUGGGUCCCAGACCAACACCCACACCCUCAGUCACACCC